AUGUGCCCCAACAUUCUGUCCUUCAUUUACGUUUUAUACGUACUCCACAUUUCGUGCGCCGCCCGCGUCAUUGUUAAAGACACAGGUACGAAUUAUGUUCCAGCUCAGCUGAAUGUUGAUAACCUGUAUAAAGAAGUUGCCCCAGGGAAUGGCUGGUGUGGAUCUUCAGAUGUCGCUCGCAGCUAUUAUCUGAUCCCUGUGAUAGUUCCCGCUGCCGACAUUCAGGAUGCGUUCAUCAGGAAGUAUCACCUAGUCGAGGUAGAUAAAAACGCUCGACUUGUUCUUGAGCUACCAUUUCUGCUUACUACAGCAGGCAAUAACAGGGCAAAUGAACCUGAAUCGACGCCCGCUGUUUCUUUUUGGAAGACGAAGGGAAUGGCUUCAAAGCUGUCGGCUAUUCAACGUGUUGAGGAACCUGCACCUACAAGGUUCUCGCAGCAGGCUGGCUUCGGAAAGGAUAUUAAAUGGGAGGAUUUUCGUCUAGUGAACUUCAACUACUUGCCAUUCUCAGUUCUGUACAACAUUUCCAAGCGACCAAGACGCCGACAUUAUCUCGUUCAUGGCACAACUGGCGGGCCGCCAGCCACUGCGGCUUGUUGGCUGUCUAGGCUUGCGGACGAAAAGGUUUGGUGA